ACGAGUGAGAGUGUGGCUUAGAAGAAAAACAGAGAAAAUGGAAACACUUUCUUCCAAAUUUUCAGUGCGAUCACCAGGAUCAAGCUUUCUCCCACCUGUGUUUCCUUCUAACUUAUCUCAAACUUAUUUCCAACGCGCUUAUUUCCACCGCACUUCCACAUCAUUGCAUUUGCCUCUCAAAAUCUCGUGCCGUGCUACUUCAGUUGAAUCAGCUACCGUUGUUGAAAAAACUAAGGUUAAGGAUUUUAUUCACAUAAAUGAUUUUGACAAGGACACUAUAAAGAAGAUAUUGGAUAGGGCCAUUGAGGUGAAAGAACUAAUAAAAUCAGGGGACAGGUCAUUUCUACCAUUUAAAGGUAAAACAUUGGCAAUGGUGUUUGCAAAGCCAUCAUUGAGAACACAUGUUUCAUUUGAGACUGGUUUUGCAUUGUUGGGUGGACAUGCUGUUUAUUUAGCACCUGAGGAUAUCCAAAUGGGGUCGAGAGAGGAGACUCGCGAUGUUGCUCGUAUCUUGUCUCGGUUCACUGAUAUCGUUAUGGCUCGUGUUUUUACUCAUGAGGACAUACUUACUCUUUCAAAGUAUGCAACUGUACCUGUCAUCAAUGGAUUGACAGAUUACAAUCACCCCUGCCAGAUAAUGGCAGAUGCCAUCACUCUAAUUGAGCAUCUCGGUCGGAUUGAAGGCACCAAGAUUGCAUAUGUUGGAGAUGGAAAUAAUGUUGUUCAUUCAUGGCUGGAGCUUGCAAGUUUAUUUCCUAUUCACUUCACUUGUGCAACUCCAAAAGGCUUUGAACCAGAUGCAAAAUUAGUUGAGAAGGCGCGUCAAGCUGGAGUCAGCAAGAUUGUGAUAACUAAUGAUCCCAAAGAAGCUGUCAAAGGAGCUGAUAUUGUUUAUACAGAUGUCUGGGCAAGCAUGGGGCAAAAGGAAGAAGCACAACAGCGCCGUUUGAAGUUCAAUGGAUUUCAGGUGGACCAAAGUCUCAUGGAUUUAGCUGGCCCAAAUGCAUUGUUCAUGCAUUGCUUACCAGCAGAAAAAGGAGUGGAGGUGACGGAGGAAGUUAUUGAAGGCCCAAAAUCGAUUAUCUUUGCUCAAGCUGAGAAUCGAUUGCAUGCACAGAAUGCCAUAAUGCUACAUGUGCUUGGCGAGUAACUACAUGGUUGAUGAAUGAUAACCAUAUUGGCAGAAUAAAAUAAAACCUGUUUCACUUCGAUAGUUGGUUGGCCACUUUGAACUGAGCCUAUAUCGCAUCCAAUGAAGAAAUGUUGAGUUGUUAUGUAAUGUAAUUGCAGUGUUUAGUUUCAGUUUUUCUAUUAUGUGUUUCCUUUGUGGGCGUUAUUGUCUGUUGUCAAACAUGUUUUGGGAUCAUGUAUAUUUAUUUGGCUUAUAUUGUAAUACUAUCAUUUACAGUUUUUGAAAAAACUAUGAAUUGGAAUUGCAAUCUAUGAAGAAAUUGAUGGAAA